AGCUCGAAGGGGAGAGGAGCGAGUUACCAUUUCAAGAAAGAAACUCCGACGAAUAUGGCGUAUUUCUCUCCCGUGUGAGUGAAUUAAGGUAUAAAGAACAAGAAAAUGGCGGCAAGGAUUUUCCAGGAGGUUGUAAGUGGCGGUAGGGAGGACAGAAGACGAGAAAUAAGCCGAAAUAAACCACUCACGGGGAAAUGGAGGCCAAGAGACACACCUUUACCAUCUAAAAUCCACAAGAGAGUCUCAAAACCUCCAGUUCAUCCACAUCUUCUGGAAUUUUUCGGCUGAGGCCUUGUGCGAUGAAGCGUUUGUUUGGACACUGAGGACAUCGAGAUGGACCGCAAAGGUGUACAUGUCAAAACAUGGCAACGGAAUAUGAAAUUAUAGGAGCACGAGCGUGAUCCACCGAGGAACUGUUUCAUGGAGCUGCCUUAGCAAAGUGGUUGAGAUGACAGCUGAUCCAAAGGUCAUAUUAAUCUUACACUACUGUACAGUACAGUACUAGGAAAGGUAAUGAUCAAUUAGUCAGAUAAAUUUGUUGGCUAUGUUGUGGUGUUAAUUAGGGACCAUAUGAGCUGUGAAAUGGCCAUAAGUGUUUUAAAGUGCCCUCUCCAAUACCAUGGUUCCCAAUUCACCCAAAAUGGCUUAGGUAGGUUGUAGUGAAGGAUGAUCUGUUCAACAUUGAUUGAUGGGGACCAUUUUAAGGAACUUUGAAGGCCAUUUAAGGCAUACGAGUCAUUUUAAGGGACUGGGGCCAAUUUAGAUGACAUUGAGGGACAUUUCCAAGGGAAGAUUUUGUUCUAUGGUUUAGCAUAAUCCAAUUGGUCAUUAGAAGGUGUCUUAUAUGACUUUAUGAACAGCUUGGGUGACAGUUAAUGGCCCUUAGGAACUUCACUACUCCAUUUAAAUGACAGAAUAGUGACCUUAGAAGCAGGAAAUGACCAUGAGCUGUCAUAGAAAUGCCUGUAAGUGGCUCUUUUGGUCAAGUACUGUAGAAAAGACUUGAAUGACCUUUUGGUACACCUUUACUGUACUGCAUUUUAAGUAGAAAUAAAUUCAGAUGAGUGUAAAUGGCUUAUAUAAGUAAUUUGGGUAACUUUGAAAGCCACCUAGAAGCCAUUUAUGUGAGGUAAGCUACAUACAGAGUAAUUGCCCUCAUUUGAUGUCUACUCAAGACAUUACAGGAGUCUAAAUGGCCUAUGUAAACUAUAUGUAUGUGAGCUAAAUCUCGUAUAGGCAAUUGGUGCACCAACUAAAGGCCCAAUUUAACAUGUUGUUAGGCUAUAUAUGUGAUAAAUUACCACCUGCAAGUCAUGCAUAUGUGACUGAAGGUCUCUCUAAGUCAUAUAUGUGCUACAAUGUUACUAACUUAUGUGACUGAGGGCCUUUGGAAGUGGAAUUUGGUUACAUGAAUUACAUCACAAACAGUACAUUGAAAAGGGUGUAAUUCGACAUGUAAUUAAUGUAUAAAGUAUGUGGUUAAUUGCUUCAUAUAGUAUAGUAUAGUAUUAAUUUACUAUACCGUUUUAGUAGUGUAAAAAUAAGUAUACUUUACUAAUAAAGUAUUUAAAUAAUAAUUGUAUCAUUUUUCUAGUUAACAUUUGUGUUUUUAUUUUAAUAUUAUUUUUAACAAGGUAAGUUUAUUUAAUUUUUGGGACUGAAAUUUACUUUAAUUGUAAGGAAGAAUUAUUUGUUCUUGGAUUAACAAGUCCUGCAUUAUUUAUUUUAAUAUAAUUGGACAGUGAGGUGGGUUACAUACUAUUAAGUACUAAUUAAUUGACGUCUUAUUCAUAUUUCAUUCACAAGGUUAAAGAUUAAUAAUUUAUUUUAAUAUUUUUAUAGUUAUUCCAGAGUUUUUAAAACACUAGAAGCGAGGUUUUAACAAAUUUAUUUAUAUGUAUAAUUGUACCAAGAAAGGUUAUUUAACUUUAAUUAACACAUACUACUCGAUAUGUUUGUUUUUAAAGCCAAAAUUGAGUAAAUAUUGAGCUUUCUCAAUUUUGGCCCUGAUUAUUGUAGGGCUAUUAAUUGAGGUUUUAAAAUAAGAUUUUUAAAUUUUGGCGCGCAUGGCGUCACUAGCUGAGGCUUGUGGGUAGUCUAGUAUCAAUAUGGCUGACGGGACUUAACCUCCAGCCCGUGUCAGUAACGUCCAGAUAUAUCGUGAAUUUUCUAAGUCAUCCGUCUAUAUAUAUGUGUAAGGGUGAUAUCAAGUACUAAUUAAAUCCCCUGUGGUGGUUAGUCGUUGUUAAUAACGAGGAACUGUUCGUGAAAUGAGGAGAAAAUAACAAAAAUAACGAAGUGAUUUGAGACGUAGUGACGAGACCGGGGAGGAUAAGAUGGCCGACCGGCAGCCAUCUUUGAUUCUCACGUAUUUCAUCACCUACAGCGUCUAUUAUCAUCUCCUCUACACAAUAAACUGAAAACUAGAUAAACUAAAGGAGAAUUAAAGCAAAAAUAACUGUAAUAACCCAGUGAGAAGCGAGAGAUAGGGUAUAUACAAGAAGAGAGAAGAGGCGUCACCGGCUCGACAUGCAUCGGCAGCACGGUGAAGACAGCGGGUCCGACACUGAGGAGGAAGAGCGGUCGGGUUCAGGCAGUGGUGGCGACAACGACAAUGAAUCUGACAAUAACGAGAAUGAGAGCAAGUCUGGGGCGUGCAGUGACUCUGACUCCGGUAGUGGAAGUGGCAGUGGAUCGGGAUCGGCCAGUUCAUCAGACACGUCGCAGAACUCGGAUUCUGACUCCGAUAACAAACAAUCAGGAUCGGAUGACGAGGAAGAGGAAGGAGAAGAGGGGGAGGAAGAAAAGGAAGACCAGGAAGAGGACGAUGAGGAUAAUGAUCGUUCGGGCAGUUCGUCCAAUAGUAGCAGCAGAGGCGGUCAUUCUCGGAAGGGAGGGAAACAGGAGACGAAACCGACUUCCCUACAGUUAUGGGAGGAGAACCCGGACAUAUAUGGCAUCAGACGGUCAGCCCGGGAGAGGAAGGAGCCAGACCGCAUGAAGGUGGAACACCAAGAUAACUCACAGAAACACAGCAAGAGGAAGAGCCAGUGGAACAGCUCGGAUGGGUCAGACAGCGACAACUCCGACUAUGACUCCCCCAAACCCCGCCGCAAGCCAGCCCCCAGCAGCAAGAAAUCAAAUUCAUCGUCGUCAUCGAAGAAAAAAUCAUCUCAGAAGAAACACCAUCGGUCGAGUAGUGAUGGGAGCGAGAGCGAGGGUGGUACUAAGAGACGAGGGUCAAAUCGUGCUGCCAAGGAGGUGAGCUACAAGGAAGCCGAGAGUGAGGAAGAGGAGGAGGACGAGGAGGACAUGAUUGAGGUGGAUUGGUCGCAGGCGGUAGCGAAGGAGCAGGAAAAUGCCCACACGAUCGAGAGAGUCCUGGAACACCGGUGUGGGAAGAAGGGCGCCGUGGGGAUGCAAACAUACAUCUACGAGGUGGAAAAAAACGGUGACCCCAACACAAACUUUGACCCCAGCGACCCAGAACAGGUGGAGAAGCAAUACCUCAUUAAGUGGAAAGGUUGGGCCCAUAUACACAAUACCUGGGAGAGUGACGAGUCAAUCAAGACACAGAAGUACAAUGCAUUUCAGGUUAAAGGAAUGAAGAAACUGGAGAAUUACUUAAGGAAGGAGGAGGACCUUGAUGCCUGGAGGAGACAGGCAUCCCCGGAGGAAGUAGAGUACCUCGAGAUCCAGUCAGAGUUGGAGAAGGACCUGUAUCAAUCACACAUAAGAGCGGAACGUAUCUUUGCCGAGGCGGAAGAGAAUGAGAAUCGGUAUUACUACAUGAAGUGGGAGAAUUUGCCGUACGUAGAGGCCACUUGGGAGCUGGAAGACCUCGUUAAGACCAGAUUUAAAAGUCAGUUGGAGAGCUUCCGAGAGAGGGAAAAGUCCACCUGCACCCCUAAACAAUGUCCAGCCUUGAAACAUCGACCAAAGUUUUGUCCAAUGAAGGUCCAGCCAGAUUAUCUCGGAGGAAGUAACGAGGACCUAGAGCUACGAGACUACCAGAUGGAGGGAGUUAAUUGGCUAAUUCACUCUUGGUGUAAACACAAUUCAGCGAUUUUAGCCGAUGAGAUGGGUCUCGGAAAGACAAUCCAGGCCAUCGCAUUUCUGAGUUACCUCUUCCACACACACCACAUGUAUGGUCCGUUUAUUUUGGUCCUGCCGUUGUCGACGCUCAAUGCAUGGCAGAAGGAGUUCGCUACUUGGGCCCCAGACAUGAAUGUAAUUGUUUACAUCGGUGACCGUGAUUCUCGAAGAAUUGUACGGGAGUAUGAAUGGACACACUCCAGUAAACGUAUCAAGUUCAAUGCCGUCCUGACAACAUACGAGAUCUUGUUACGAGACAAAGAGGACCUUCGAGACUCGUGCCAUUGGGCGUGUCUGGUGGUCGAUGAAGCUCACAGAUUGAAAAAUGAAGAGUCACAGCUAUACCAGGGAUUGAAAGAGUUCCGCACCAACCACCGCCUCCUUAUCACAGGAACCCCAUUACAGAACUCACUCAAGGAGCUCUGGGCCCUGUUACACUUCAUCAUGCCAGAGAAAUUCGACGACUGGGACUAUUUUGAAUCGCAGCACGAUGGCGAGAAUAUGAAGAAGGGAUUCCAUCGCCUACAUCGUCAGCUGGAGCCGUUCCUGCUGCGUCGAGUGAAGAAGGACGUGGAGAAGUCUUUACCGUCUAAAGUUGAGCAGAUUUUGAGAGUGGACAUGAUGCAACAGCAGAAACAGUAUUAUAAGUGGAUAUUGACCAAGAACUAUGACAUGUUAAAGAAAGGCAGCAGAGGGUCAACAUCAUCAUUUGUCAACAUUAUGAUGGAAUUGAAGAAAUGUUGCAACCACUGUUUCCUUACUAAACAGCCUGAAGAAGUUAACAACUGUGACAUACUUCAGCAACUCCUUAGAGGCAGCGGAAAGUUGAUGCUGCUGGACAAACUCCUGGUAAGACUGAAAGAGACCGGCCACCGCGUCCUCAUAUUCUCCCAGAUGGUCAGGAUGCUGGACAUCCUGGCCCAGUAUCUGCAGUACCGUCGAUUUCCGUUCCAGCGGCUAGACGGAUCGAUCAAGGGCGAGGUCCGCCGGCAAGCUCUUGAUCAUUUCAAUGCUGAUGGAUCGAUUGACUUCUGCUUCCUGCUGUCAACACGAGCAGGUGGACUAGGGAUCAACUUGGCCACUGCUGAUACUGUUAUCAUAUUCGACUCUGAUUGGAACCCCCAGAAUGAUCUCCAGGCCCAGGCCAGAGCACAUCGCAUUGGCCAGAAGAACCAGGUGAACAUCUAUCGCCUUGUUACAAAAAAUAGCAUCGAGGAAAACAUUAUAGAACGAGCGAAACAGAAGAUGGUUCUGGACCAUCUUGUUAUUCAGUCAAUGGACACUUCUGGCCGCACUGUGUUUAAUAAGAAGAUGUCAAACUCCAACUCCAACCCCUUUAACCGUGAAGAACUUAAUGCCAUCUUAAAGUUUGGUGCUGAAGAACUGUUUAAGGAUGAUGAUGAUAAUGAUGAGGAGCCUGUGUGUGACAUCGACGAGAUUCUCAAGAGAGCCGAGACACGUGAGGAUGCUCCCUCUAUGGUAGGGGAGGAGUUACUCUCAGCGUUUAAAGUCGCCUCAUUUGCCUUAGAUGAAGAUGAGGAAGUCUCCAAGCUUGACUCAAUUGCUGAUGAAAACACCAAGGAUUGGGAUGAAAUUAUACCCGACGAUUACCGGACAAAAGUUGAGGAGGAAGAACGUCAAAAGGAAAUGGCUGACUUAUAUUUACCUCCUAGAAAACGGAAAGCAGUUAACCAAAGUGGCCAAAAGGAGGAAGAAAAACCCCGGAUGAAGAGGAAGAAAGAUGACAGUGAGUCAAGCAACGAUGACACGGACGAUGAUAGACCCAAGAAGAGAGGGCGACCUCGGAUAUACCACAAAGAGACCAAAGGAUUUACGGAUGUUGAGGUUAGACGGUUCUACAAGAGCUUCAAGAAGUUCUGUAACCCUCAAAGACGCCUGGACACCAUUGCCGUGGAUGCAGAUCUCCGGGAGAAACCCAUGACAGACCUGCGCAAAUUGGCGGAGACCAUCAUUGAGCGGUGCCAAGAGUCCAUGAGGGAACAAGAAGCCACAAAGGAAACGGACAAGACUUCUGACAUCAAUGGUGAAAGUCAGCCAAAGCAGCGAAGACACAGAGGCCCAUCAUUUAAACUGUCAGGUGUUGCCAUCAAUGCAAAGACGACCUUGAGCAGCAUUGAGGAAUUAAUGCCACUAGAUAAUAUCGUCCCCCACGCCCCGGUCGAACGUGCCUCUUGGAUGCUGAACAUCAAGAAGGUCAAAGACGUGCAUUGGGACGUACCUUGGGGUAUUGCUGACGACUCCAGGUUACUUCGGGGAAUAUAUGAGUACGGCCUCGGGUCUUGGGAACAGAUCAAGGGCGACCCUGCGCUCAACCUCGAUGACAAGAUCUUACUCGAGGGCGAGUCCAAACCUCAAGGGAAACACUUGGAAAGUCGUGCUCAAUACCUCCUCAAGCUUAUUAAAAAGCACAUGGGUCUUGGCCCUAUCAAGCAGACAAACAUACGCAAGGUAAUGAAACCCAGGAAAGGGAUUAAGGAGCCAAAGGGAAUCUCCAAAGCCAUUAUAGAAAAUGAUGACAGUUCUGAUGAUGGUAUCGGUCACCCAACCCAGUCAGGACCUAACUCUGCAGCCAAAAAAAUUAAGGUUGCUCAUGAAACAAAAGAACACAAAGAAAAACCAAAAGUCAAAGAAACAAAGGAGGAGAAGGAAGACACAGAUAAAACAAAGACCAAAGAGGAACCAGAAAACAAGGAAGCAGAGAGAACAAAGAAGAAGAAAGAUAAAAAAGAUAAAAAAGAUAGAGACAAAGAGAAGAAAGAUAAAGAAAGAGAUAAGAAAGGAGGAGGACCUCUUCACAUUACAGCUAAUGGAGAACCUGUCCCUCUAGAUGAUUCCAAGGAACUGGACAAGUCUCACCCUUUGUGGGAUGAGUGCAAAGAGAAAAUGAGACCUAUGAAAAAGGCUUUGAAGACCUUGGACAACCCCAACGAAAGCCUCAGCCAAGAGGAACAGAUUCAGCACACCAGACGUUGUUUAGUACAGAUUGGCGACCACAUUGAACGCUCCCUACAGGCUCUACAGGACCCCACCUCUAUAAGAGAAUGGAAGAGUUUAUUGUGGCAAUUUGUGUCUAAGUUCACGGAAUACGAUGCCCGAAAACUCCACAAAUUAUAUAAGAAAAACAAAAAAAUCCAAGAAGAGAAGAAAGAAGGAGAUAGAGAGAACCAAGAGAAGAAAGAUGAGAGGAAGAAAGAUAAGGAGAAGAGGAAGGGAGAAAGAGAAAAGUUCAUUGAGAAGAGGAGAGAUCAACCUGGGAGUCAUUCACCUAAUAAAAAGUCAUAUGGAGGUCGCGAAGGAGAUAAAUGGAAUGACAGAGAGAAAAAUAGAGAUAGAGAAAGAGAGAAGGAGAGAGGAGAUAGAGACAGAGAAAGACCAAGAGACAGAGACCGCUUUUAUCCCAGAAACCCAGGCUGGCAUGGUGGUCCUGGCAGAGAAAGUAGAUACCCACGAGAGGGCGGUGGUGGGUACAGACACGAGGGUUACAAGCCCCACGGGUAUCGGGGUGAAUGGGGCAGCCGGGGACCAUACCCAAAACACUAUGGGGUACCUCAAGGUGGAUAUGGGGGGUCAGGGCCUCACUCUGGGCAACAUCCUGGUCCAUCAACCCAUCCAAAUGCCCCUUCAGGGCACUCAAGUCACUCGGGGCCACAGUCAGGACAUUCAAAUCAUCCUGGUUCCACAUCAGGACAUUCUAACCACCCGGGACAAGGUUCGGGGCAUUCCAACUAUUACCCGCCCCAUCCUACCCACUCACCUGGGAUUUACGGACAGAUGCCCCAUCGGGGAGGACCGUACAGUGGCCAUCGGGGUGAAUGGGGGCCCAAAGAGAGGGGUGAGUGGGGCCCCAAGGAGAGGGUUGAGAGGCCUGCUCAGUCAUAUCCAAAAGAUUUCUCAUAGGUUAAGACAAUUUCUGAUAUUUUGAGAAAAAUUUGACUUUUUUCCUGAGUCAGAAAAGGGGAAAUUUUUCCUUUAAGAAGGUAAAUCAGACAUUUUCAGUGUUUUGAGGGAAAAUCAAGACAAUGUAUGAUAAUUUGAGGAAAAUGGGAUAUUUUAUUCCUCUCUAAGUAGGAAAAAGAGGACAGUGUAUAUGAUAUCAAUGUGAAAAAUUGGUUAUUUCUUUCCUGUCUUAAGUAGGAAAAAAGGACAUUAAAUGAAAUUUUGGAAAAUGAAGAAAUUAUGUCCUUAAAAUUACUGUGUGGAAAAUAGGACAUUACCUGUACAUUGCUUGGAUGAAUAAAAGAGGAAAAUUUUACAUUAAUUUAAAAUAACAAGCAACAGAAUUUUACAAUGCUUUGAGAAAAAUGAAGACUUCUUAUGAUAUGUUGAAAUAAUUGGUUCUGUUUUCAUUAAAUAAAUUGUUUUCCUUCAGUAGAGGAAAGUAGAAUUAAUUUGCUCAUUUAAGUAGAGAAGUUGAUUUUUUUAUAUCAAAAUUUGAAUAAAAAAAUCAGACUUUUUUUCUCAUUAGUUAUGGUGAGGAAAAUUAGACAGUUUUUGUUGUCUUUGGGGAAAAUGUCUAAUUUUCCUGUCUAUAUGUGAGUUUUAUUCAUUUGUCUGUUUAUAGACAAAUGUCUAUUUUUCCCCAUUGAUUAGACCUGAAGAAACAAAUGUACCUCAAUAUGUCUAAAUUUUGUUAGACAUAAGUAUUUAGACAUGUGUCUUUAUAGACGUGUGUCUGCUUUUAGACACGAGUUGUUAGACAUGUCUAUUUUUGAGAUGUGUCUGUUUUAGACACGUCUAAGUACGUCUAAGUAGAUGUAAGUUUAUUUACACAUCUGUAUUUAGACAUGUCAGAAACUGGACACAUGUCAAUAUUUAGACAUAUGUCUGACAGUUGAUGCGUGUCUAUCUAGGUAUAAGUGAAUGGCUGUGAAAAAUGUACAUAAUAUAUACUGUAUAUAAAAUUGUUUAUAUAUUUCGUUUGUAAAUAAGUUGAUUGAGCUAAGUUACAAAAUCACUUUAAUUGUAAGUGAAUUUGGGGAUAUUAAAAGUACUUAUAAUUUAUA